UGCAUGUCAAAGAUAGUCAUGGCCCGCUCAAGGAAGAAUGGAAACUUAAAUACAUUGUUUCUGGUAUGAUUUGUACUAAUGCAGCAUUUGCUCAAGAUACACUACAUUUCGUCCUUGCAGGCGUUGCAUUUGCAUAAAUCUUUAUAAAAGCAAAAUUAUACGGUAUCUUACACAGUAAAUUCUGUAUAUUUUAGACGUGGUUAACCAACGGGCUCAAUAACCAGCCUUGGACUUCUGUGUCAAACCAAGCCAGGUUCUACAUUACUUUUUAUUUCUCUGUGUUCAAAAGCGUGUGAGCGUUGAAAAUGAAUGCUAAAUCCCUCCUCCGAGCCAACACCAAUAAGAACGCCGUGCGCUUUUCGGAGUCGCCUCCCCCUGUGCUCUCUCGUGCCUCCGCAGCGGUGGGCCCCCUUCUGUCCCAGUCAGCAUCACCUACUGUCGGACCUACAGCACCGGGCUUCGCACAGAACCGACCUGGGACUAUGUUGCUACAAAAAUGGCUCAUAUGGAUCCUGUCUGUCGUUUGCGGCUCUGAAGUUACAUUGGGAUUUGUGUAUGACCGGCCCAGACGCUCAGGAGAGGACUCCCGCACAUCUCCCUAUAACCCCUCCUCUGGCUCCUGUAAGAACCGCUGUUUUGAGCUGGUGGAGUUGGACCCUCCAAACUGUCGCUGUGAUAACCUCUGUAAGACCUACCACAGCUGCUGCUCUGACUUUGACCAGCUCUGCCUCAGAACAGAGGGAGGAUACGAGUGCAGUAAAGACCGCUGUGGGGAGAUGCGUAAUGAACAUCACGCCUGCCAUUGCUCAGAUGACUGUUUGGCCAAAGGAGACUGCUGUACCAACUACAAAGCCCUGUGCAGAGGAGACACAUCAUGGCUACAGGAUGACUGUGAAGAGAUCAAGAGUCCUGAAUGUCCAGCUGGGUUUGCGCGUCCACCUCUGAUUAUGCUGUCAGUGGACGGAUUCAGAGCCUCAUACAUGAAGAGAGGAAGCGCCGUCAUACCCAACAUCGAGAAACUGAGGACUUGUGGAACCCAUGCCCCUUACAUGAGACCAGUUUACCCGACCAAGACCUUCCCAAACCUUUACUCUCUAGCCACUGGUCUGUAUCCAGAGUCCCACGGUAUAGUUGGUAACUCCAUGUACGACCCUGUGUUUGAUGCCACUUUCACUCUGAGGAGCCGAGAGAAGCUCAAUCAUCGCUGGUGGGGAGGGCAGCCUAUCUGGAUAACCGCGCUCAAGCAAGGAGUGAAGGCUGCGAGCUUCUUCUGGCCGGUGGGCAUCCCGCUGGAGAGGAGGAUUCUGACCAUGCUGCAGUGGCUCCACCUCCCUGAUGGGGAAAGGCCGUAUGUUUACGCCAUGCACUCUGAGCAGCCUGACACGUACGGACACAAAAUGGGGCCAUUGAGUGCUGAUUUGAGUAACCCUCUGAGAAUGAUUGACCGAGUUGUGGGUCAGCUCAUGAAUGGGCUCAAACAGAUGAAACUGCAUCGCUGCGUCAACAUCAUCCUGGUGGGAGACCAUGGUAUGGAGGAAGCCCACUGCGAUCGCACAGAGUUCCUAAGUAAUUACAUGAAUCACGUGGAUGACAUCAUUCUCAUCCCGGGGUCUUUGGGCCGUAUACGCUCCAGACAUCCCAACAAUGUCAAGUAUGACCCCAAGGCAAUUGUGGCAAAUCUAACCUGUAAGAAGGCCGAGCAGCACUUUAAGCCUUACUUAAAGCAGCACCUGCCUAAGAGACUGCACUACGCCAACAACCGCCGCAUAGAAGACAUUCAUCUGCUGGUGGACAGGAAGUGGCAUGUGGCCAGGAGAGCCCCAGAAGUGAAGCGCCACUGUGGUUUCUUUGGUGAUCAUGGAUACAACAAGAUCAACAGUAUGCAGACAAUUUUUUUGGGAUAUGGACCCACAUUUAAAUUCAGAACUAAAGUCCCAGUUUUUGAAAACAUUGAGCUUUACAACGUCAUGUGUGAUUUACUAGGACUAAAGCCUGCCCCAAACAACGGCACCCAUGGCAGCCUGAACCACCUGCUUCGGAGCCCCCCAUUCAGGCCCCUGGUCCCGGAGGAGGUGUCUCGGCCCACUGCCUCUGGUCUGGUUCUGGGGGGGACAGACGAUUUGGGCUGCAACUGCGACGAAAAGGUCAGCCCUGAAGACCGGCCGUCCAGGGAGCACCUGUCCCAUACACAUACACUAGUUUCUGCUAAUGCUCAUGAGGACAUUAUAGAGAAACUAAAGAACAAAGUGGAGGAGCUAAACCAACGCCUGCGGCAAGCUAUGGACGACAGCAGAAAUCUUCCCUUUGGUCGCCCUGCAGUUCUGUAUCGAACCAAGUACUCCAUCCUCCAUCACAGUGACUACAUCAGCGGAUACAGCGAGUUCUUGUCUAUGCCUCUUUGGACUUCAUACACUGUUAGCAAACAGGUCGAGUUAUACCCCCUCCCUGAUGCCUUAUCCAACUGUGUGCGGCCUGAUACGAGGGUCCCCCCGGCCUACAGCCAGUCCUGCACCAACUACAGAGCAGACAAACAAAUCACGUACGCCUUUGUCUAUCCACCACAAUUAUCUUUACACAUGGAGAAGAAAUAUGAUGCAGUCCUCAUCACUAACACUGUACCAAUGUAUCCUGCGUUUAAAAGGAUAUGGAGUUACUUCCAGAGAGCGUUGGUGAAGAAGUUUGCCACUGAGAGAAAUGGUGUCAACGUUCUCAUUGGUCCAAUAUUUGAUUAUGACUUUGAUGGGGUCAGGGACUCAACUGAAAGAAUUAAAGAGUUUAUGACUGGAACAAUCCCAGUGCCCACACAUUACUUUAUCGUGCUGAGCAGCUGUCUGGACUUCACGCAGCCUGCAGACUCCUGCACUGGUCCACUGAGCAGCGCUGCCUUCAUCCUGCCACACAGGGCCAGCAACGAUGAGACCUGCAAUAGCUCUGAGGAGGAGUCCCGGUGGGUGGAGGACCUGAUGAAGAUGCACACAGCUCGGGUCAGGGACGUGGAGCUCCUCACUGGUCUGGACUUGUACCGACGGACUAACCGACCGUACACUGAGAUCCUCUCCCUCAAGACUUAUAUGCACACGUAUGAGAGCGAAAUCUAGUCCAGUCACAGUGUCUUUUGUCUUUACCGUGGUGGAUUUAUGUGGUACUAAAGAGGUGGUUUCAUCUCCAACACACUGACUUUAAAUGAAUUUGCCCAACUGGGAACUUGAAUUGUCCAUGUGACGUGUUUUUAAAUGUACUUUGUCAUAUUUGCUUCUUGGAUACAAUUUUAAAGACCACUAAACUACAGCAUCACUCACUUUACUUACUGUCCAUUAAUGUCCAUAAAAUGUUUAUGAUCAUUGCAAAUUGCACUCAUUUUAGUCAAGUCUUCUAAUUAACAACAAUUGAGCCUCUAGCUGCACAUAACUGAAUGCAUUGUUGCUCCUUUGUACAUAAAAAACAUGGAUAUAGAAAUAAUAUCUAAUACAUAUUUUUAUGCUAUAUUCUUACAUGGGCUGUACUGUAAAUACCAGAGAUGCUUGUAUUCCUGAAAAAAUCCAUAUUGUUUAUUUCGUCUUUCAACAUGUGAAGUUUUUUAAGCUAAAAAAUAUAAUUGAAUAUUUCUACCUAUCUUUUUUAUUCUCAUAGUAGCUUACAUACAUGGUAAUGACAAUUAAAAUUGCACUAAAAGGUAAUGACAUCAUAUCAUUUUGUUUGCCAGUCUAUAUUACCCACUACCAGUGAGAUGGUAUGUUCAAUGUGUAAAAUAUAUUGUAAUUGUGUGUGUGUUUGCGAAUGAGUGAUGUUUUGAGAUUUUUUUGAAUGUUUUGUGAAUGAUUUCUUGAAUUUUUGUGCACCUGAGCAAUAAUGAUAAUAAA